AUGCCGUGUCCUAUUGUUAUCCUGUCAAAGGUUAUUGGAACCGUUUCUCUGGGAGUGCUGGCAGGAGCCAGUACCACCAACUCGUUGGUAUCAUUGCCCAGCAUCUUGACCAACUCAUCACUUCAGACAGAGGUUGAUGUCCAACAACAAGACACCAUUUUGACUUCUCUAUACCAGACAACUGUUUCCAAGGUCAUUUUGCCCUUAUCAACAGUGGCAUUUGGCUCGCUGGUCAGCGCAUACAUCCUUGCUCCGCGAUCCGGCCAGCACCCGUACUUGAUUUACUCGGCUCUGUCAGUUCCAAUUGUUGCUGGUCUGAACUAUUUUUAUGGCCCCGGUAUCAGUUUUAAUACUUUAUUGAACAAUUUCUGUGGUUCUCUUUCUGUUGGAAAAUGUGACCGAACCAGCUCAACUAAACCCUCCCAAGAAACCGGUUCGCCAGCAGUCGCCAGUGGAGCAGAUCUAACAGAAACCAAGUCUGCCUCGUCUACUUCUGCUGUUUCCAAGUCAUCCGAAGACACAUCUAGCUCGGAUGAACCUUCUCUGCUCGACAACUCAGUUUAUGCCCAUCUGGACCAUCCUGAUAAGGGCGGAUCCGAUAUCGAACUGUCUUCUGCCUCCAGCAACAUUGCCACUCCCGAAGACCAGAGCGAGGACGAGCUUGCCGGUCAACCGGUCUCUAGUACUACCACCGCCGGCACCAACUACCCCGCGUCGGCGCUGUCCAGCAACCUCAGCAAACUGUCGUUCUACUCAUCCAUCGUCUUCCAACUGGCAUUCCUCAUCUCGACCAUCGGAAUCUACGGCGAUCUCUCCUAA